GGAGAGAGCGUCGGCGUUCGCAUUCGCAAACCCGCCUUCGUCGUCGUAAGCCGUGUCUGCCGUUCUCCGAUACGCAUUAAAUUUUACAUUAAACAAAUAACGUUAUUCAAUUUUAAAAUGUACAAAUCAUUCGUCUUGUUGUGUGUUGUUUGCUGUAUCGUCGUUGAGGCACGCCCGAAAUGGCAGUUCCUACCGCAAGCACCGGGUUACGUGCCCGUUUACAUCAGGAGCGGAGACACGCCUCUCGAAGAAAUCAAUCCUGAUUUGGCUGAAGCUUUCAACGCUCUGCCCGCCGGAAGAAGCGCUGGUAAAGAUGUCGAAGCAGCCCCAGAAAUUCCCGAACACUACUCAUCAAAACUUAAUGUGCCCGAAAACCCAGAAAUUGGUGAUAGCCGCUCUUAAAAAUCGAAAUUUCUCGAAGAGGGCUCAGAUACGAUAAAUUUUGAACGUAAAUUAUACUAUUUUUUAAGUUAAUUUUAGUGUGUAAUAAGUUAGUUUAAGAAAUACCCUUUUUGUUUAUUGACUCUAUGAUUAUUGUGGGCAUCACUAAACCAUUGUAAUUUUAACAAAAGUGAUUUUUACAUAUUUUAUUUUUUGUAACACAAUUUUUUUAAUAUGGUAAUAUUUUAAUCCAUUGUCUACUUGCCACUAUUAAUUAAUGUUAAUAUUUAAAUACUAAGAAGUUAAUUUAACUUGCCAUAAUUUAUGUUAACUUUUUAUUACGAUUAAAAAAUACAAAACACAUA